AAAUGUUGGCAACCUAAACAAGCCAACUAAGGAUAGAUAUAUCAUCUAAUCAUAUUCACAUACACAAAACUCAGAAAGAUGAAAGUUGUAGAAGUUCUUCAUAUGAAUGGAGGAAUUGGUGACACAAGCUAUGCCAAUAACUCCCUCCUUCAGCAAAAGGUGAUCCAGAUGACAAAGCCAGUAACAGACGAAGCCAUAGCCGGAGUCUACGCCGCCCUAUCCCCAAACAUAAUCUCCAUUGCAGAUCUAGGCUGCUCCUCUGGCCCGAACACUUUCUUAGCCGUGUCCGAGCUGAUGAGGGCCGUGGACGGCGCCCGGAAGAAUCUCCGGCGGCACCACUCGCCGGAAUUCCACAUCUACUUGAACGACCUCCCCGGCAACGACUUCAACGCCAUUUUCCGAUCCUUGCCACAAUACGUAGAAGGUUUCAAGCAAGAGAUGGGAGAAGGGUUUGGGCCGUGCUUCUUCAAUGGCGUCCCUGGAUCCUUUUACUCCAGGCUUUUCCCUACCAACGCUCUGCAUUUCGUCCAUUCCUCUUACAGUCUCAUGUGGCUAUCUCAAGUACCUAAAGGAGCAGAAGAGAACAAAGGAAACAUUUACUUGGCAGCUGCAAGUCCACCUUGUGUGAUUAAAGCAUAUUAUGAGCAAUUUCAAAAUGAUUUUUUGACAUUUUUAAAGUGUCGGUCUCAAGAAUUAAUAAUCGGUGGGCGAAUGGUUUUAACGAUUUUGGGUAGAAAAAGUGAAGAUCCUUGUAGCAAUGAAGGUGGUCAGAUUUGGGAACUCUUGGCCAUGGCCUUAAAUGAACUGGUUGAGGAGGGAUUUAUAGAAGAGGAGAAGCUAAACACAUUCAACAUCCCUCAAUACACACCAUCUCCGGCAGAAGUGAAGCUCUUAGUGGAGAAAGAAGGGUCCUUCUCCAUCAACUUCUUGGAGGCCACAAAUAUUCAUUGGACUGCAAGUGAAUUCGUGGACGAUGUUAGGCGUGACCACGACGGGUACAAUGUUACAAAGUGCAUGAGGGCCGUGGCUGAACCCUUGCUUGUUAGUCAUUUUGGUGAGGGUAUUAUUGAGAAGGUGUUCCACAAGUACCAAAACAAGAUUGUGGAUUCUAUGACAAAGGAGAACACGCAAUUUUUCAAUGUCACUGUCUCUGUCACAAAAACUUGUGAUUCAUAAAUAGAUAUCCAUGUCUUGUACGUAAGUCCUAGGUAUUUAGCAUCUGUUGAUGCUAAAGAUUAGAUCUAAUUAAUGUUGUGUUGAUUUAGAUCCAAUGUUAUCAAGGUCGUUUGGUGUGUGUAUGCUAAUAAGUUGAGCAAUUGUGAGUUCUUAUCUUAAUUAGUAUGUAGUUGGUGCUCAUGUGUGUUGGGACUUAGUUAAGAUGAAGAUUAUGUGUAAUAUAAUGUGUAUUUCUUUUCAACUUUCUUUAUGUGACUAUUGUGAUUAUUUUUUACUUAUUGAUCAAAUAAGA